CAACCUGCUCCCUGCUCUAUAGGAGGCGAUGGAUGCGAUACUAACGUACAGCAAGAAUGCUGCUGAACUCCUGAAUCGGAGGAAGGUUUACCGCGAUAUCAUAUUUAAGUACCUGGCCGCAAAGAAAAUAGCCGUAUCACCUUCUAGUGAAAAGAAUCAGCUUAUCCAGCGCGCCCUGGAGUUUUGGAGAGAAUCUGCUACAGAGAGCGUUUCCUCAGCACCUGAGAGUAGCAGCUUCAAUGGGCAAAACUCAGUGCCCUCACAGGACAAGAGCAAUGACACAUCACAUUCUGGUUCGCUUGACUGUCAGCUGCUUGGAGAACAUUUCUGCAGGUGGUUUUACCCACUCUUAAACUCACAGAAUCCAAUACUUGGCUGUGAAAAGGGUUACUGGGGACCCCAGCACUUCUGGGAGAACACCGUGCUGAAAUUUGCCUAUCGUACAACCCAGGAAAGUACAGAAGAGUACUGCGGGGCCCAGAUGGCAAGCUUGCGCCUACUGGCGCUCACACGGGAGGAGAGACUGCUGUUCAACCCAAGUAUUGACACAGGAGGGUUAAAAUGUGCCAUUUCUCGGCAUGGUUUGGUGGUUGUGGCAGUGGCUGGUACCAUUCACAGGGAUAAUCAGUGUUUGGGUAUAUUUGAACAGAUCUUUGGACUCAUUCGCUGCCCAGUUACUGCCAGCUGGAAGAUUAAGAAUGUUAAUUUGAAAAUCUUGGGACAGAGUGCUUUGGGUGCUUUGGGUUCAAUUGAGUCAGCGCCAAGACCUUCUAUUCAGUACAAGACUAAAGAUUUAGAAGAAUAUUAUAGCUAAAGGUUACUUUCUUGCUCUUUGCAAUAUAGGGACAAUAUUUUAAAUUGCCUGUUCUAAUUUCACUAUAUAACAAGCAGUCUAAGGAUGAUCUGGAUCCAAGUGGAGAAGCCGACACAGUAACACAGUUUCCUUUACCAUAUCUUUUAUUCUUUCAAGAAAGCCUUUUUUUAAUGUGUUUAAGUUGUGUUUUGCUGAACUCUCUCCCUUUUUAGCUUUACAAAACAUUGUCCCUGUGCCCACUCUGCCAGAUAAUUUCUUGGAAAGGCAUCUUUUUCUUAAACGGGAACUCCACCCAAACAUAACUUAAGCUCUUUGAAAACAAUAGCAACUCUGCCAUAUACAUCUGUUAAACAAGUAUGCAGCCUUUUCAUGACUUUUAAUGUAAUAAUACGGUUUGGAUCAGUUCCCUAAGCCCCGCCCCCUGUUCUCCUUCUGAUCUGGCUGACUACUUUGAGACUGAACAAAAAUGUAACAAUAGUCUGCCUUCAGCCUGCAUCCUCCGAAUCCCACAAUUUUUUGCACACAUUAUGUCAAUAAGUAAAAGGAACAUAACAGUGCAAUUCAUUGGGGGUUAUGUAAUUCCUGCAUGCUGUCUGUAAGAUGUGGAAAAGUUGUUACAAUUGGUAACAUCAGUGUUUUAGCCCCUCCUCCCCUGCCAGGAUUUCAAAUGAUGCAGAAAGAGAUGAACUGUUCUGCAGCUGGAUUUCAGCAUAUAAAAAUGAUAUUUAUUCAUACUUUUUGAAGGAGCAGAGUACAGGGAUAUGUCCCUUUAAAAAAAAAAAAAAAUCUGCCUUCUCCACAAAUAAGUGGGGUAGUAGUUUGGUCACUGCCUACUUUCUACAAAUGCACAAGGGGGCAAUUGUGCAUUAUUUUCUGUGUUUUCAUGUAUUAUUUCCUUAUUCAUCUCUGAUCUGUGACACCCAGCAAAUCACAGCAUAUGUAUUUUGGGGUCAAGUUUGUGUUUUUUAUUUUCCUUUUUUUAUUUUUGUCACUUUUCAGCUUGGAAUUGAAUUUACAAAAACCAUAAAAAGGAGACUUGCAAAAUGCUACUUUCACUGCCUACUGAAGCUUAGUAAUAAUUCAUACUGAGGUGUCAUCCCUUUUUAUUCCCCUAGGUCCUGUGUUUAAGACCUGAGAGGAUUGCUGCAUGCCAGGACCCAAAGCACAUUUCCUGUUGUCUUAAUAUGGAUUCUUACUUAGUAGGGAUUUGCUUUUAAAGUUUUAAGCUUGAAUGGAAAGUUCUAUGAUUAGACUUCUUGCUUUUGUUUAAUAUGCCCAGAAGCUGCUUUAUUGGAACUGCAAUAAGGGGACAACUGGUCAAGUCUGGGGGUGCGAGGUCUCCGGCCUGUAUGUAAAUAGUGCUGCAGUCUCAGAAAAUGGAUAUUAGUCAAUACAAACCAUAUUGUUUUGAAAUAUUUUUUAAUGGUAUUUUAAUAAUAAAUAUAUGUUAAAUUAUC